AUGGCCAAGCGCAAAAAUGAGGCGCCUGCGCAUGGCAAGGCGAAAAAGAAGAGAGCCAUCUCCGACGACGAGGCGCAUAACAAUUUCCGCAGCGGUCUCUUCGACAGCAAAGUACUCGAGGGAUAUACGAGCGAAUACGCGGAUUCGCAGCCCUACAAGCACGCCGUAAUUCAUAACCUCGUCGACGAUACUCUCUUACGCAAUGUCCGCAACGAAAUCCGCGAGCACAUCCACUUUACUCCCAAAGAGACAGACAUCUACAAGAUUCAUCAAUCCGGCGAUCUCGCAAACCUCGAUGGCCUCCACGACUCUGCGCUCAAGCGCCUGCCUUCCCUGCUCACCCUGCGCGACUCGCUGUACUCGUCUGCCUUUCGCAAGUACCUAUCUUCGAUAACAGGAUCUGGGCCAUUGAGUGGUGUCAAGACGGACAUGGCAGUGAAUGUAUACACACCAGGAUGUCACUUGCUUUGCCACGACGACGUCAUCGGAAGCCGGCGUGUAAGUUGGAUUCUGUAUCUGCUGGACCCUGACAUUCCUUGGAAGCCAGAAUGGGGAGGUGCAUUACGACUGUACCCAACCGAGCACCUCGAGACACCAGACGGCGACAAGGUUAGGGUGCCACAACCAGACUUUUCGCUAUCGAUACCUCCGGCAUGGAAUCAGCUCUCUUUCUUCACCGUUCAGCCUGGCGAGAGUUUCCACGACGUCGAGGAGGUCUACAGGAGAGGGUUGGAAGAGAAGGCAGAAGAAGACGGUGGUCGCGUUCGCAUGGCCAUCAGCGGGUGGUUCCACAUUCCGCAAGAGGGCGAGGAAGGCUACGAAGAGGGUCUCGAAGAGAAGCUGGCAGAGAAGAGCUCGCUUGCCCAACUGCAGGGAGGCAAGGCGGACGUUUUCGACGAGCCGCAAUCACACUGGGUCGACAACCCAGACUGGGAAGAGCAGGCGAAACAAGAGGACGACGAGCUGACUGAAAACGACAUUGAUUUCCUGAUCAAGUUUAUGAACCCAAACUACCUCGUUCCGGACACAGUGGAGGAGCUGUCAAACAUGUUUGGCGACGAGUCGUCGUUACGACUGGCACAGUUCCUGUCUAAUAAGUUCUCCGCGCGGUUACGGGAGUACCUUGAGUCGAAAGACCACGAGGCGAACCCAAGCCUACCCAACAACCCGCACUCCAAGGAGUCGAUGGUUGGUGUCGCACGACCACCACACAAGCAGCGCUAUCUCUACCGAAAAGCUAUUCAGCCAAUACCGACCACACCGUACCCCGAGAACGACGGUAUGACACCAUACGACGACCUCGUCGACAUCCUCUUCCCGCACCCAGCGUUCAUGAAGUGGAUCUCUCUUGUCACCGGUAUCACACUCACCAAGAGCAACAUCUUCGCGCGCCGUUUCCGGCGAGGUCUCGACUACACACUCGCGACCGCUUACGAGGAAGAAGACCCCCAGCUAGAAGUUUGCCUCGGCAUCACGCCCUCUCGCGGCUGGGGUGACGAAGACGAAGAGCCUGAAGAAGGCGCCGAGGAAGAACCCAAGCAAAACGGCAGCAGCAGCAAAAAGAGUAAAAAGAAGGGCAAAGCAAAGGAACCGGAACCCAAGCCCGAAGAGGAGGUCGGCGGCUACGAAAUGUACAUGGCCGGCGAAGACGAUGCCGAUCACCCCAGCGUGCCUACCGGCGAAGCCUCAACGUCUACUGGUGCAGGUCAGCGCCGCAAAGCAAAGGCUGAUCCUGCUAUCUACAAGUCUGCGGCUGACGACGAGGACGAUGGUAUCUUGUUCAGUCAGCCUGCAGCUUGGAAUAACCUCGCUAUUGUGCUGAGGGAUCGGGGUGUGUUGCGGUUCACCAAGUAUGUUAGUAAGAGUGCGAAGGGGGACCGGUGGGAUGUCUGUGCUGAGUAUGGGGUUGAGUUUGGGGAGGAUGAGGAUGAUGAGGAUGAUGAAUGA